AACUCGACUGAAACAAGAGCCAUAGAAGCAGCAGCAAAGAAAAGCUGUAACAGAAGAAGAUGAAAACCUUCCUGUUCUUCGCUCUUCUGCUGACCGUUUACUGCCUGGUCGCUCAGGCCGUUCAGGUCAAAGAAGGAGACUUCACUUUCUCACUGGAGUCAGUUAAAAAACUGAAAAACCUGAUGGACGUCAGGGUGGUGAAGGAUUCAAACCCCCGCCUGGCAAGCACCAGCACGGCAGCCCUCUGUGCCAACCCUGCCCUCCCAGAGGAGUUUAAGCCAGUGUGCCAGAGCAAGAGCGCAGCCCUGUCAUUUUACAGACUUGGUUCCGUGGCCUACAAUUCGGAUGUGUGUGAGAUCUGUGCGUUUGCUGCCUGCACCGGCUGCUGAGCCGCGUACAGCCCCCUCCCAAAGACCAAGAGCCAUCCGGGGGACAGAUCCUCACACACACAGUCCGACUCCUUCUCCAUCCACGAAUUCAUUCGAAAUGUGCUUUUAUUAAGAAUACACUAUUAUUCCAUGCCGAUGUACUGUGCCCUGCAAAAAAAAGAAAAAAAUUGCUUGUGUGUUUAUCGUAGCUGAUAAAAAUUCUUCUGUGUGUUUUAAUUUCACUUUAUAACCAUACAGUAGACAAAUUGUAAUAGAGAAAUGUGCAAUCAGUGAAGAAAAAUUAUUUAGAGGCUGUUGUUACUUUUUGAACAUGUUUUUAAUCCUGUCCUUAGGACUUGCUUUUUCUUUGUUACAAGGCUGUUGAG